UAAAUAAAGUCGGCAAAGCAGUAAAAGCGCUCAAUUCGUUCAUUUGUUUGUAUUUGAAAUUUACAUUUCAGUUCUUACAAUUUCUCAGCUAAGUUUUCGAAAAAUAUUUUGACAUGGCCUUUUCCCAAUCGCUGGACAUUGGGAACAGCACUUUACUAAAUUUAGAUAGCGAGGCGCGUCACGCCAUUGACAAUGAAGUAGAAGAUAAGGGACAGCAAAACGCUCCUAACAGCUUUAAAAACAAAGAAAAUGUGGCCGAGGUGAUACAGGAGUCGCCGGAACAUGGCCAGCGCUACAAGCAGCAUAGUAAUAUAGCUGGUAUAUCCAUGUUCAGUAGAUCACGCACGCAGCGGUAUUUAUCAAGAAAUGGCUGCGGUGAAGCCUCUGCCCGAAAUGUGGAUGUGUCCGCAAAAGAGCGGAGACGACUGCGGCGAAGCAAAUCGGACUCCACACUACAGAAACGAAACAUCAUAAAUGCAAGCAACAAAGCAGAGAAUUACACUGAACUUUUUCGUAGUGGAUUCACAUUUUCAAUAGAAGGAGAACCACAAAAAAGUGCUUUUGCGGGAAGUGGUUCCGUGUUGCGUAUCUCACAAAUCGAAGCAGCAUUUGAAAUGAUAAAGGAGGAAAAUGAUGAAAUUACACAAACUAUAGAUGAUAUGCUUCUUGAAGAUGGGCAGACUGUAAAUAAUGAUUUAGAUAUGCCUAUAUUUUCUGAAGACUUAAAUGAACUUUUAGAAAAUGUAAAAGGUAUACAAGUAGAAAAAGACGUGUCUAGCAUGGCGGCAAAUAGUUCAAUAUCUUUGUCAGAAUUUCCAGGAGAUACUUCUGAAUGUAAGGAGAAAACUACAGACAUAACAGAUGAACUGGAUUUGCGCCAAUUGGACCAAAGUAGAUUUAUCUGCGCUGAUGCGGGCAGUUCCGAAGCAAAACAGCAAAUAGAAAAAGAAUUGAAAAUAAGUCACAGGGAAGUGGCUAAAGUUGAUGAAGUUUUGCAGACAAUACAAGUGAGAAAUAAUUUGAAUGCCUCUUAUCCACCACGAAGUACUAGUUUUUCAAACUCUUCUGUCACCACAGUUAAAAAAGCGACCGAGAAUAUUCGCGAUUUAGAAACACUGAAACGUAUUAGUGCCUGGAAUUUGCCGCAUAGUGUGUUAAAGGAAUAUGAAAAGAAAGGUGUGGUAAAAAUGUUUGAUUGGCAAAUAGAAUGCCUUAGUAAUCCUAAGGUUAUAUUUGAACACUGCAAUCUCGUUUACUCUGCUCCCACAUCUGCUGGUAAAUCUUUAGUCAGUGAGAUUUUACUCUUAAAAACCGUGCUGGAGCGUGGCAAAAAGGUGCUUUUCAUACUGCCCUUCAUUUCUGUGGUGCGCGAGAAAAUGUUUUACCUACAAGAUUUGUUAACAGUAGCCGGCUACCGUGUUGAAGGUUUCUUCGGAGGUUACACACCACCUGGCGGUUUUGAUAGCAUACAUGUAGCCAUAUGUACCAUAGAGAAGGCCAAUUCGAUUAUAAAUAAAUUACUAGAGUUAGGGAAACUAGACGACAUAGGCACAGUGGUCGUGGAUGAAGUGCACUUGAUCUCCGAUCCAGGACGUGGUUACAUACUCGAACUGCUAAUUGCCAAAGUGUUGUAUAUGUCACGCAAGUAUGGCUUCCAAUUGCAAGUAGUCACAAUGUCCGCCACAUUAGCCAAUGUUGAAUUGCUAAAACGUUGGUUAGACGCAGAGUUGUAUAUAACAGAUUUUCGGCCAGUCGCGCUGCAGGAGAUGAUUAAAAUCGGUAAUAAAAUAUUCGAUAACAAAUUGCGUCCUUUGCGUGAUAUCAACGCACUCUUACAGGGCGAGGAAUAUCCACUGCCACAAAUACAGAAUGAUAAUGACCACGUAGCACAUUUAUGUAUUGAAACAUUACUAGAAGGCUGUUCUGUAAUUGUAUUUUGUCCGUCCAAAGAUUGGUGUGAAAACUUAGCUACUCAAUUGGCAAGUGCCAUACAAUCGCUUAUACGUAAAGACGACCAUUGGGGUAAACGCUUGCGUGCACAGAUAAAAUGUGACGAAAUUGAUGAAGUCAAAAAGCAGUUGCGUGAUAUACCGACAGGCCUGGACACUGUGCUCGAUAGAAUGAUCACAUUUGCUUGUGCCUUCCAUCAUGCCGGUCUCACAAGUGAAGAACGCGAUAUUAUCGAAGCAAGCUUUAAGGCAUGUGUUUUAAAGAUAAUUGUUGCGACCAGCACACUCAGCUCUGGUGUUAAUCUUCCAGCGCGACGCGUAUUGAUACGUACACCGAUGUUUGGCGGUAGGCAAAUGAGCUCACUCACGUAUCGGCAAAUGAUUGGUCGCGCAGGACGCACAGGAAAGGAUACUUUAGGAGAAUCAAUAUUAAUCUGUACGCCUGCCAAUACGCGAAUUGGCCAAGAGCUGAUACAAGCAGAUUUGAAGCCAAUCUACUCCUGCCUGGAACAAGAGAAUAGUACUCACCUCAAACGCGCCUUACUGGAAGUGAUCUCGUCCGGUGUGGCCAUAACAAAGGACGACAUUAAGUGCUUCGUCAACUGCACACUUUUGAGCGCGGAGAAACAACUCAGCGAACAAGGAAAGGAUAAAAGUAAAGAUGACGAAGAACAUUUCAUAACCGAUGCGCUCGAUUUUCUGAUAGAAUAUGAAUUUGUGCGUCUGCAAGUGGAUAGCGCAACAAAUAGAGAGAGUUAUGUAGCCACACGCUUAGGCCAAGCAUGUUUGGCUGCCUCGAUGCCGCCUACUGACGGGCUGAUACUCUUCGCUGAGCUACAGAAAUCAAGACGUUGCUUUGUGUUGGAAUCCGAAUUGCAUGCUGUGUAUUUGGUGACACCAUACUCGGUGUGCUAUCAGCUGCAAGAUCUCGAUUGGUUGCUAUUUCUCGAUAUGUGGGAGAAAUUGACGCCGGCUAUGAAAAAAGUAGGUGAACUAGUUGGUGUUAAGGAGUCAUUUCUGGUGCGUGCUAUGCGCGGGCAAUCCAAAUUGGACUACAAACUCAUGCAGAUACAUAAAAGAUUUUACACCGCAUUAGCGCUACAAGAACUGGUCAAUGAAGUGCCUAUCAACAGCGUGGCUGCUAAAUAUAAAUGCACGCGUGGCAUGCUACAAAGUCUGCAGCAAAUGUCCUCCACAUUUGCGGGCAUAGUCACGGCGUUUUGCAACACAUUACAGUGGCCCACACUGUCGUUAGUUGUUUCGCAGUUUAAGGAACGUCUCUUCUUCGGUAUACACAGAGACUUGAUCGAUUUGAUGCGUUUGUCCGAUUUGAAUCACAAACGUGCGCGUGCACUCUUCGACGCUGGCAUCACAACGCUGGUGGAUCUUGCAAACGCUGAUAUUUUCGAAGUCGAAAAGGUUUUAUAUAACGCGCUGAGCUUUGAUUCAGCCAAACAGCAUGACAAUGAAGCGGACUACGAAGCGCUGCAACGUAAGCAAGCGCGCGAAUUUUUCAUAACGGGCAAAGUGGGUUUGACGGUAGCCGAAGGCGCCAAAUUGCUGGUACAAGAAGCGCGCACAUUCGUACAAUAUGAAAUCGGUGUGGGUGGCAUUAAGUGGACACAAGAACGUACGAAUGUAGCGAGUUCUACGGUUAGUUUACACAUGUCAUGCGAAGAAAAUGAAAAGGAGCAUGGCAGUAAACGUAAAAAUUUGGAACAGCGAAAGGAGUUGGAAGUAACGCCAACAAAAUUGAAAAGACUGAAGAAUGAUGCGAAGCAGCAUGCUAUAUUAAAUGAAAAACCGUCAACGAGUAAAAAUGCUUUACGUGCUUUAAUGCAGCAACAGAUGUUGCGGCAAAAUUCCAGUCUAAAUAGCAAACAAAAACAAGGAAACGCUGAUGGACCAAAAAUGUUGACAGCCGAAACAAAUAACGCUUAUAAUAUAAACGAAAAAUCCGUUACAAUAACGGCACAGAAACAGAAUGGCGCAUUAACAGUUGCAACCGCUGCAAAAAAUAUUAAUGUAGAAAGUAAUAAGGAGAAUUUAAAUACUAAGCCUAUAAACAAAGCGUCGGCAAACGCUGAGCAUGCUAAAGUUUUGCAAAACACAAAUAAAAUAAUAGAAAAAAAUAAAAUUGUUGAAAAAUAUACGAAAAACGGUGCACAAAAUUUAAAAAUCGUUGCAACCGACGUUAACCUCAAAACAGCCAAAGAAGAACAAAUCACAAAAACAGUAAAUAUUGCGGCAAAAAAAUAUGCGCUACGUAAAUCUAACGAACCACAAACUUUUCCAAAGCCUACAACAAAAGAUAGCGUAAUAUUGACACCGAAUGUCAAGCGUAAUGCAAACAGACACACUCCAACAACAUCGCAGCAAACAGCAAGCAACAAAAAUAAACACAACUCGGUAAAGCAAUCGCCACAAGCAACACAAGUUAUAGGCACCCUACCACGUCGUAGUCCACGUAAUCACCAACGCAAUGCGAAUGCCAAAACAACCGAUACUGUGCAAACAAAAACGUCACCACAACCAUAUAUUGCCAACAAAAACAACACGAGCGCAGAGAAACACUUUGACCAAUCACUUUUACUCGCUGAUGAUUCCUUCGAGUUGAAUACGGGUAUUAAUGCUGCACUUGAAGCGGCAAAUCAAGUAAAUGCUGCUGCCACCACCGCAACAACCGCAGCCAACAAAGAGAACGACGACGAAAUUGCGGAAUCGCAACAAAUUGUGCAAGCUGUGAUCGAUUCACCCGUGCAGGCGAAACACUCAGUGCAUGCCUCACGUUUGCUACGCACAACACAACGCUUGAGAGCUACGCACAAAAGCAGUGUAACGCAAGAUGCGUCUGCCACAAAUGCACAUGCCUCGAGUACGUUAGAAGUGUCGGAUUUAUCGCUUGAGAAUUCACUGCUCCAGAAUCCUUUGCAACUGAAUGCGUCGCAUAUUUUGAAUUGUACCAAGGUUGACGAUGCCUCCACCAAUUUCAAACGUCUUGAGAUUGUUGACAUCUGUGGUGAGCAGAAACUGUUCAAUGCCGCACUGCAUGAGCUGAUGGCGGUUAAACGUUUCGGUUUCUGCAUCGGUCUGCAACAGCAGGAGAGUAAAUGUAAACCGCUAAUAGGUGGCAAUUUGCUAAUAAAUCAGCGCGCAGCUAGCGAAAAUAUGGCGCAACAGACGGUCGCAAAGGCGUUUCAAAGCGACGAGCAUACAUAUUUAGCUGGUUGCGCUUUUGGCAUCACAGAAAAUGUAGUUUACUAUAUGAACAUGCAGCCGGAGGGCACUGGCGCCAAUGUCACUACCGAAAUGAAGCGCCAAUUUUUAUGCUCACUGCUAACUAUAGGUAAAUGCACGCUACUCUGCGUGGAUGCCAAGGAGCAGUUGAAGAUAUUGUAUCGUGUUUUGGGUGAAGUUAGUGAGCUGCGCGUAGAACUGGAGGAUCCCAAAGAGGCCAAUUGGCUGCUGCAACCGGAUAAAUUCAUGAGUUUCCAGCAAAUGACCCAACAAUUCGCGCCGGAAUGCACAGCUCUCACCGGCUUAUGCGGCAAUGGACGUGGUUAUAGUAGUCACGGCUUGGAUACGGUUAGCGCUAUUACGGCUAAGGUUAGAUGUUCAGUGGAGGCUUGCGUCACUAUGCACAUACUGAAAACGCAAAUAGAAAACCUGGAACGUAUUGGCUCAGGGCAAUUGUACAAAUUUUUUAAAGAACUACAAAUGCCUUUGCAGAACUCACUUUGUAAUAUGGAAUUGAUCGGUUUUCCAACGAAUGAGGCUGCUUUGCGAAAAAUUUUCCAACAAAUGCUGGAAACGCUGAAGAAACUUGAAUUGAAAAUCUACGAAAUGCAUGGUGGCAGAUUCAAUUUGGGCUCUUCGACUGCGGUGGCGAAGGUUCUCGGUCUGCACCGCAAACCUAGCGGCCGCGUGUGCACUUCCCGCCAAAUACUUGAGAAGAUCGAUUCACCCAUUUCGCAAGCCAUCAUAUCCUAUCGUAAAAUAAGCACCGCAUUAUCCAAAAAUAUACAACCACUUUUGAAGUGCGUACAAAAUGAUAGAAUACAUGGUCAGAGUAUAACUUACACACAAACGGGUCGUAUUGCAAUGACCGAACCGAAUUUACAAAAUGUGGCCAAAAGCUUUGUGGUCGCUGUGGAAGGUAGCGAAGAUGUAAUUAUAUCCUGUCGCAGCGCAUUUUUUCCAACCGAAAAUGGGCGCUGCUUACUCUCCGCCGAUUUUUGUCAGCUUGAAAUGCGCAUACUCGCACAUCUUUCACAGGACGCAGCGCUGCUGAAAGUGAUGAACACCGAACGGGACAUUUUCAGCGCAAUAGCAGCGCGCUGGCAUAAAUUGGCAGAAAAUGCCGUUUCCACGGAGCUGCGCGAUGGCACUAAGCAGAUUUGCUAUGGCAUAGUUUAUGGCAUGGGUAUGCGCAGUUUGGCCGAUGCCUUGAAGUGUACCGAACAGGAAGCAACUUCGCUAUCGCAGCAAUUCCAUUUAACUUAUACGGGCAUUAGAGCGUAUACCGAUAAAGUGGUAAAAUUCGCACGCAAUAAUGGUUAUAUUGAAACCAUUACGGGUCGUCGUCGCUAUUUGGAGCAUAUAAAUAGUGAUGAACCACAGCAGAAAAAGCAUGCUGAGCGUCAGGCGAUCAAUUCGACAAUUCAAGGCUCAGCAGCCGAUAUAGCAAAGAGUGCUAUUCUACGCAUGGAGAAGAAUAUCGAAAAGUACCGCAACAAAUUGGGCAUAACUAGCGCGAACGCUGUGCGUUUUGUGUUGCACAUACACGACGAGCUGGUAUUCGAAUUGCCCAUUGAGAAGGCGAAAAAAGUGGCAAAAAUAUUGAGUCUCACUAUGGAGAAUUGCGUUAAACUAAGCGUGCCACUCAAGGUCAAACUCAAAAUGGGCAGAAGCUGGGGUGAACUGCAAGAUAUUAAGCUGUAAUAACUAGACAGCGCAAUUUGUUGAUAUUUAAAAUAAUAAUAAUAACUUGUUAAAUUUUGUCAAUUUUUCUAUUCCAUUCAUUAAGUGACACAAAUUAUUUAUAUACUUGUAAUUUAUUCAAUAAACUCACUACAGUAAUUGUA